CGCGGAGGCACGGUGCCCGCCGGGCGGCAGCCGGGGCCGCCCCGUUUCCCCCCGCAGGCUGCGGCUCCAGCCGCCGUCAGCCGCGGGGCAGGGCGAGGGGCGACGGCCGCUUCGGCCUUAGGAAAGGACCGUCGCCCCCGCCAGCGCCGGGGGCAGCGCCGCUCGCCCCGCCUCCGCCCCCCGCCGCGCUCCCCCGCGGGGCGGGCCCGCCGGGCCGCAGGGCCGCCCGCACCCCGCGGCCACCACCGGCUGCAGCGCGGCGAGGCGCGGAGCGGAGGCGCCCGCGGAAGAUGAUGGCGCCGCCGCCCGCCCCCGCGGUGUCGGGUCCGCUGGCCGUGCUGGACCCCACAGGGCAAUUUGCAAAAAGGAAGAAGACUUCACUUUGGUUCACAGUCGCUCUACUGGUGGUGUCUGUUUUCAUACUGACCAUAGGUCUGGCAGCUACCACAAGAACAGAAAAUGUUACCGUGGGAGGCUACUACCCAGGCAUUGUUCUUGGCUUUGGAUCUUUCCUAGGGAUUGUUGGCAUCCACCUGGUAGAGAACAGAAGACAAAUGUUAGUAGCCUCCAUCGUGUUUAUCAGCUUUGGCGUGGUAGCAGCGUUCUGUUGUGCAAUAGUUGAUGGAGUGUUUGCAGCACGACACAUAGAACCCAGACCUUUGUAUAACAAAAGGUGCCAGUUUUAUUCAAGUGGUAUAGGAUUCCUAUAUGAUGCCUACCAGACAGAGGUGACAUGUUACACCUUAAACAACAAGUGCCAGCUGAAAGUAAAGAGUAACACGUGCUAUUGCUGUGACCUGUACAACUGUGAGAAUUCAGAGCAGUCCUCCAGCUACUACGAAUUUCUCAGCGUGAGCAGCUGUCAGGACGUGGUUCACCUGUAUAGGCUGCUGUGGUCCUCCACGGUCCUCAACAUCAUCGGGUUGUUUCUGGGGAUUAUUACGGCAGCCAUUCUUGGGGCAUUUAAAGACAUGGUACCUCUGUCCCAAAUUGCUUUCAGUGCUGCACCUCCUCCUCAGAUCCUGUACAAUCCUGCCCAGCAGAUUCUGACAUACGCUGGGUUUUGUCCUUCUGCAGCAAGUAUUUCUACAUAUCCAUCCUACCCAUUACCUCUUCAGUGGUACCUACUGACCCGCCUCGACUGGAGGACAGGAAUGUGAGGUGAUGUCACUGUGUUUGUAGAGAGCCUCGUCUAAAUCCAGUGCCUUGUUGCUCAGCUUGACGGUCAUGCAGCCGUGGUAGGAUGCGGUGACAGGAGUGGAAGUCACAGGAACGUCUGUGUGAAAGUGGAGACAAACAUCUCUGAUGGCCGGUUAGGAAUAAAUACCUGUCCCAUCUAUGCUCAGAUGACUAUCACUUCCAUGAAUUCAAGCUCUCCUCUUCUUCACUCUGGGAUUUCUACCUCCCGCCGCCCCUCUCACCAGAAGGCAAGAGCACAAGCCCAGACGUGGGGAAAACACCAUCUGCUCUCGUGCACAAAAGCCCUUCUCCCAGGCUGGACCCUUCCUCAGCUGCUCUGUGUCUCUGCAAGGCCUCCAGUCCUGAUGGAACUAUGCGCUGCACAGCAGCAAGGCUUCACUCCAAUUGCACGCUGUGUUCACGCUGCUUCCCAUCUUGAUGUUUCCCCCCUCUCCAGCUCUGAACCCUCUACUUUGUCUUCAGUGGAGUUGUUAUACCUUCCUCUAACGCUCUCCCUCUCUCUCUCUUCAAAAUAUCUGCCAAAAGAUUAUAGGAAGAAUUUCAUGGCAGGAAGGCUCCUCCUAUAUGCGGCCUCUACCACUUGCCGGGCUCAUCUUUACCAUGAUUAGCACAAGGAGGUUGCUGGCAUUCAUCACAAAGGUGCUGGAAUACAUCAGCAGAGUUGGUAAGACUAACGAGACUGAUUUUUACUCUGGAGAGCCACUGGUGACAUACUUUUAAUCAGUUUACCCGAGGCAGAAAACAAAUAGCAAGGAAGAAGACGCCAAGUACAAGCCAACAGACUAGAGAAAAUUAGUCAAUCUUAUUACUAACUUCUGUAACAUCAUAUACAAACUGACCUUAAAUAAACAAAAAACCCCAUAUGUAAUAAAGUAAUAACAUGAAAAUUUA